AUGACUCGCAACGAUGUUCCUGACCGGGUCCUUUGCCCAAACUGCAGCAAUGCCCUCACCAUUUCCCGCGCAGAGCCCACUUCCCGCUAUCCUCUGGGCGUGAAUAGAUUCGAAUGCCGCACCUGCCCGUACCAGUACAUUCUCGAUCGGACGUACUAUGAACGAACAGAAAUGAAGCGGAAGGAGGUUGCGGAUGUGCUGGGAGGAAAAGACGAGUGGAAGAAUGCUGAUAGCAUAGGAACACAAUGCCCCGCUGAAGGCUGCGAUGGUGACCGGGCAUUUUUCUAUCAGCUGCAGAUACGAAGUGCAGAUGAGCCGAUGACCACGUUUUUAAAGUGCACUACGUGUGGGGCUCGAUGGAGAGAAAAUUAG